AUGUGGGAGAUUCUGCUUUUCUUCUUGCUUUCUCUCAGGUCAACACCAGAGGGCGCUCCCGGGGCUCCAGGGCCCACAGACUCAGACGGACCUCCAGCUGCAGCUCCAAACCUGACCAGUAACAGACGACUGCAGCAGACACAGGCUCAAGUCGACGAGGUGGUGGACAUCAUGCGUGUAAAUGUGGACAAAGUUCUGGAGAGAGACCAGAAGCUGUCGGAGCUGGACGACCGAGCGGACGCUCUCCAGGCGGGAGCAUCGCAGUUUGAGAGCAGCGCCGCCAAACUCAAGAACAAGUACUGGUGGAAGAACUGCAAGGUACUUUUUAUACUACUACUACUACUACUACAAACUCAAGAACAAGUACUCGUGAAAGGUGUAGUCUUAUGA